AAAAAUAUUACUUUUUUAAAAGGGGAAAAUGCAUCUUGAGUGGAUUUUGGGUACAUUAACAUUUUACCUGUUGCUAGUCUUCCAUUUCCACAAGAAAAAUUCAACAAAGUCUCAAACCAAUCAUCAACUUCUCGAUUAAACACAUAAACAACAAAAACUUCCUUUAGAAAAAUUGGACAAAAAACAAACGUGGCAGCAAUAUAGAAAUGCUUGAAGUAUGAUUUUGGAACUUCCACACUUUGUACCAAGAGUAAUUUUUCGUCAGAAGCAAAUUUCCCAUAUCUGAAGGUUUUUUUGAUAAAAGCCGGCAAGUAUGGCUCAAAAAAAUUUAUCAAAACACCCAAUAUCACUAAAGACGAUGUUAUGAUCACAAAAAAUAAUUUACAGAGGUUAACGUUGAAAACUAGGUUCAUGUUGUACAGUCACUGAGCAAGUGGAGAUAAAGUAGGUGAUAGAAAGUGGAAGAUGGAGAAGAAACAACAAAAAUGGGUUUUGAAAAAAAUAACGAAUAAUUAAUAAUUAUCUAGGAAUGAAGGAAAUUCAAUAAUAAAAUAGUUACUUUUUUCCAUAUGUAUUUUAAGUACAAAAAAGCAAUGAAUUCAAAGAAUCAAAAAACUGUGCCAUCUUUAGGUUAGUACUUUCUAGGUUAGAUUUUUCUGUCAAAUAUCAACUGCACAUGCCCUUGUUUCCUAAUCAUAUUUUCAUUACUUCAAUUCAAUCUGACUGAUUUUAAAUAAAAUAAAUGUUUUCCAAUUUUUGCUUGUAUCUAUCUUUGUGGACAGUGGGCAUACGCCCCCUUCACCUGGACUUCUCCCUUCUCCCGAGACGUUCCAUAAAAAUAUUUGAUCAGGUGACUGAUGAGUAACUAUAAUGUUAUGUGUCACGUAAAAUAUGAGUGUGAUUAUGAUUCGAUAAGUAUACUUUCAAUGCUGUGAUAAUAUAUUUUAAUGUUUAUCGAAUUAUAUUAUGGCUGAAUAUCCUCAUAAAAGAACUCCUCGUCCAAACCAGACCCGCUCUGGCCAAAACCGCUUCUAUCCACAUUUAGGAGUAACAGAUUUGAGAGAAAUCAUUGACCGUAAACGUGGUGAAAAAGGAGAAGACGAUUUUCUUGGUGAUUCCUCACGAGUUUCAAAAGGAAGUCAUCCUCAAAGUACCAAAGAACCGCCUAACAAGGGUAUCACAAGUUCGCCUUAUAAUAAGAAAAACUUGAAUAAAAACAAAGAAGAUUACAGGAGACCUCCUACCAAUCAGUCAAAACAAAACAAAGACAUUGAGAAUCCUCUAAACAUUAAAGUUGAGUUUUCUACUUUGACGGGAGAACAUUCGUAUCAAUUGGAUGAAAACACUGUUUUGCCGACUAUAAAACAUGUGCCGGAUCAAAGAUAUGGUUACAGAGGCAGGGGCCGAGGGAGAGGUCGCGGCUCUCAGAGACAAGUGAGAAGUAGGAAAACAAAUGAGGUUUCAGGUUCUAGUAUCCCUACUGAUGUCAAUGUUACAAUACCUAACAAAACUGAUGAAAACUGGGAUGAACCGAUUGAUAAUGUACCGCCAUGUGAAAAGGAAGCAGAAGCACAUGAAGAUGAAAACCUAGAGAUGAUGAAAAAUAUGAAAAUUAAUGAGGAAUAAUAAAAACGUAUACAAUUUCCAAUUGUAUAAAGUGAGACACGAGUAAAAGGUAGAGUUAUUGAAAACGUAUAUCGCACACUUUAAACAAAUGGCAUUUAUAAUUUGUUAAGCAUUUUACAUUUUAUUUUAAAUGAACUUGUUUGUUACAUUUAGUUUUUCUCUUGUUUCUAUUAAUUGUGGAUUCUAAUUUUGUUUAUUUAUAUUAUUUAUUGUAAUGAAAAUGAAGCAAAUAAUCUUUUUGGCCUCCUGACAUGUAAAUGUCAAAUUAACGUACAAUUGACACCUAUUGAAAGACUGUAUUUACAGUCGCCUGAGCAUUUUACGCACAGACGAGUGUAAAGUGACAGUUUUACCGCACUGCCAAAAUUAUCUUCAUAGACUUUUAUAAAAAAAAACUGUUUGUAAGAUGAUAACAUUUUUAAUAAAACGCUCUACACACAACCUUUCAAUCUUAGAACUCUUUUUUCUUCACACCACUUUAUAAUUAUAAACACAUUGUACUGGGCUUCAUACCUUGCUCGCGAUUUUUCGGGCAAUAGCUCGGUUGUAACAUUUCCUGCAGCACUUCUGAUUUCUGGUGGGGUACACAUGGGGCUAUUAUCGCUCGACAUUUUGAAGCAUAAAUUCACCAACAAGACAACAAUAACAAAACUUUGUGUCUGAGACGUUUUUGCGUCUUUUUUAAUUGUUUGACAUUAGAGUGCAUAGCCACCGUGAUAUUUAAUGUCAAACGUAUUUACUUGUAUUAAUUCUGAAUUUUGUAGAUUUUUGUUUAAACGUCGGCCAAAAAGCUUAAUACAAAUCUUGUGCGUUAACCAUUUUACAGUGCUCAAUUAUUAAAGCACUCCGCUGCGCGUCGUGCUUCAAAUUCAUUUCGCACUGUAAAAUGUAAGUUACCGCACACGAAUGUAAAUAACUAUUAUGAUCCACCAUUUAAAACCGUUUUACUCUACAGUGGUUGUGAAUAUAACAAUAAUUAAUUAAAUAAUGUUUUGUGUUUUAUUUAUACUUAGAAUUUGUACAUGUAUUUGAUGCAAAACAAAUUAAUAAAGACAACUUAUUUUGAUUUUAGUUGUUCAAA